UAGUGUACGGUGUGGGGGGAGGGCACGGAGCCCUCUAGUUUAUGCGAUCGAGAGGGCGAGGACUCUGCAGGUUGUGGAGGGUGGGGACGGACCAUGUAGUUUAAAGGGUGGCCGAGAAGGAAUGCUGCUCCCAGACCUCCUCUCUCAAGGUAUAUCUCCAUGAAUAACUUAAAUGACCCCCCAAAUUGGAAUAUCCGGCCCAAUUCCAGGGCUGAUGGGGGUGAUGGAAGCAGAUGGAAUUAUGCCCUGUUGGUUCCGAUGCUGGGACUGGCUGCUUUUCGUUGGAUUUGGUCUAGGGAGUCCCGAAAAGAAAUAGAAAAAGAGAGGGAAGCGUACCAGCAGAGAACAGCUGCCUUCCAGCGGGACCUCGAAGCCAAGUACCAUGCUACGAUCUCAGAAAGUCGACGGGCCGUGGCACAGUUGUCCCUGGAACUUGAAAAGGAACAAAACAGAACGACUAGUUACCGAGAAGCCCUCAUCUCUCAGGGGCGCAGGAUGGUAGAAGAGAAGAAGCUUCUGGAGCAGGAACGGGCUCGGGUCCUGCAGGAGACGAGGCAGCCCUUGCGGAGUGCGUACCUGAGCUGCCUGGACAAGGAGGAGGACUGGCAGCGGAGAGCCAGGCUUCUGCUGAGAGAGUUCGAGGACGCCCUCACAGAAAGACAGAGCAUCUACUGCAGCCUGCUGCUCCCCCGCCACAAGCGGCUGGCGAUCGAGAAGAGCCUGCUGGUCCGCGCGUCCACUGACCCAGUCGCUGCUGACCUAGAGCUGGCAGCUGGCCUGACUGACAUAUUCAAGCACGACACGUACUGUGGUGACAUCUGGAACACCGACAGGCGCCAAAAUGGGAGGCUCAUGUGGCUGUAUCUCAGAUACUGGCAGCUAAUUGUCGAGCUGAAAAAGUUUAAAAGCGCAGAAAAAGCCAUACUGGAAAAGUGAGACGGGAGCGCACGGCUCAAGGUCAGACUGCUGUGUGCUCUGGGUUGUCGGAUGUUUUCUCCUCCUGCCAGCACUCCCUGUGCUGUGGCCACACGUGCACACGGCCGCCUCUCAGCAGUGGCCUUCCCCUCCCUCCGGCCUCUGAGCGAGACCGCGUCCUCUUCAGUGGCAGUUUCAGUGCAGUUUCUCAGAAGCAUUUUUUAAGCUGUCAGUAUUUCAUUAAGCAGAACAGUAUAACCUCAUAUCUUAGCUUUAGGGAAAACUUGUUUUUAAGAUUGUGAAAUAUAAUAUUCAUCUUCCCUACAAGUCAUUUUUUUGGUCUGUUUUUUUCACUCCCUAAAUAAAUUCUGUUUUCUCCUCGAAUUAUUUUUCUCUCUCCUAAAAUUACAGUUACAAGUUGCCAGGUAGGGGAUGGGACUGCCCAGCAGAUGAGAACGGAAGAUAGUGACACCAUCAGGGUAUCGUGGUGUCUUGAAGCUCUUUCCCAUCAAAGGGGAAAACUUGUUUCUUGUUUCCGGUUGGUGUGUGUUUAGAGUUUGCUGUGUCUGUAUUCAAUAAGUGUAUAUUAUUUAAUAGCAAUGACAUAUAAUUAAAACACCUGUGAUUUAAA